AUGGCAGAAGAAGCUACAAUCGUCCUAGAGACACACAUCUACUCCAACUCAUCCUCCUCCCCCUUCUCGUCAGGCUGGACCCGCAGCUUCCACCUUCGCCUCUCCCACCAAGCCGCCACCAAAUCCCAAAUCCUCUCCCUCGUUCGCGCUUCCAUCACCCGCCUAGGCCGCGCAGACCCCAUCGUCGAGGCGCAAAUCACGCUCUCCUGGACCUCUCGUACCGGCCGCGUCGUCUCGAUCCCCGGCGACGGCAACAGAAGCAGUGAUGGCAGUGGUAGUCGCAUGGCCACGGUCACGAUGCCCAUGUGGCAGCAGCAGCCUCCCCCCCACCUGAUGACCUUCAACAUCGGAUACCCCGCGCUCGUCCAGCCUCCUCAGCCGCUGCCCCAACCACUGCCGCUGCCGCUGCCGCAGAUGACGAUGAUGGCGGACCCGCCGAUGCCUUUGGCCAUUACAUACUCCAACGGCGUAAACUACCUCCACUCCUACGCCAACCCUACCACACAGCCUCAGCCUGUGAUACUCCCACAGCAGCAGCCCGCGUACCCAGCCAUCGUCCCCGGCGGACAGCAGACUUGGAUCAUGGGAGGUGGUCCGCCCCAGCUCACCUUUAUCAACGUCAACGUGCCAACCUUUGGUACCCCCGGCACCGGUGGUGGUGGUGGUAAACCGGUGGUCUCAGACGUUAUAAGAGAAGCCCGGCUGGACGUAAUCGCCGAGGCGGCGCUGGGCGGGAUGCUGGAGUGGGUUUGUGGACCUACGGGCCUCAAGUUGAUUGCUGUGGUUGAUGUCGAUGGAAGGGAUGUUAUUCCUGUUGUUGUUUCUGCUCCUCCUGCUGCGACUGCUGUUGUGGCCGAGCCUACACCUCUUGAUUCUCCCGUGGCAGCUUCCCCUUCGCCGUCGGCUGCAGUUACUAUACCCGUCGCUCCGACUUCGCCUGCUUCCGCGCCAGCCUCGCCCGGUGGCACUGCUAUACCUCCUCCGACGGCUUCCUAA